UAAACUCUUUUCUGCACCAAACUAUCAAAUAUUCUUCUCUUCCAAUUCUUCUAACUGCUUCAACAACUUUCUCAAAACUUCAUUAUCUUUUCAUUCUUCUUUCUACAAUGGCUUCCUACACCGUUCUAUUCAUGCUCGUCGCUACAUUGUUGGUUAGUUCCACCAUCGCUCAAUCUCCAUCAUCAUCACCAACCAAAUCUCCCGUCGCUACUCCACCAAAAUCUUCUCAAUCUCCAUCACCAGCAGUUUCUCCCUCCGCCACCGCACCGGUUGCUUCUCCUCCUGUACCUGUGAAGAGCGGUCCUUCUCCUUCACCAUCCGCCAUCAACUCUCCACCAUCUCCUUCUCCUGUCGCUGCUGAUUCUCCUGCUGCUGUUACUCCAUCAUCGAUCUCUUCUCCAUCUGAAGGACCAUCACCAAACGGCGCCGCUUUGAACAGAUUCACUUUCGCUGGAUCUGCCGCUGGUUUGGUUUUGGCUGCCGCUUUGAUGAUGUAGAGAGUUACUCUGAGUUUUUUAUUUUAUUUAUUUUGUUUUUAAUCACGAAUUUAUAUGGAUUCGUGUGAUUUAUUAUUUUGUUGCUCUUUUUGGAUCUAUGUGAGACGAUUCAUUCAUUCCAUUAUUUAAUAUGAUCUAUUUACUAUUAUUUGAUUUUAAUUUUAAUGAAUGAUAUAUACAUCUUAUUCUUUCAAA